UGUGGGGGGGGUGUGAUUGUGGGUGUGUUGUGUGUUGAUGUGUGGGGGUGUGUUGUGUGUGUGCAGGCUGUACAUGUGUGCAGCUGUAGGGCUGCAGGCUGGAUGUUUGCAGCCACGUUGGCAUGGUGUGCAUUUGCAUGUUGUGUGUUUUCAUAUGCGUGUUGUAUGUAUGUGCAUGUGCAGGCUGGAUGCUUGCGUGUGCAUUUACAUGUGCAUUUGUGUGUUGUGGGUUUGCGCGUUUUGCAUGUGCAGGCUGUGUGUGUGUUGUGCAUUUGAAGGUGUGUUUACACACUGUACACUUGCAGACACGUUUGUGUAUCAUGUGUGUGCCUUUGCAUGUUGUGUGUGUGCAUAUUGUGUGUUCGCAGGCUGUGCACCCGCAGGCUGCCUUGGCACGUUGUGAGUGUGCAGGCUGGGUGUUUCCACAUGCAUGUGCAUGUGCACGUCUUCUACGUGCACGUUGCGUGUGUAUAUGUUGUGCAUGUGCAGGCUGUGUGAUUGCAUGUUGUGGGUCUGCUUGUGCCACUGCAUGUUGUGUGUUUGCGUGUUUGGUGUUUACAGGCUGUGUGUUUGCAGGUUACCUUUGCGUGUUGUUCGUGUACAGGCUGUGUGUGUGCAGGUUGUGUGUUCUCAGGCUUUGUGUGUACAUGUGUGUUUGCAGACUGCAUAUUUGCAUGUUGUGCAUGCGCAAUGCAGGCUGUGUGUGUGCGUGUUUGCAGGCUGCCUUUGCGUCUUGUGUGUGUCCAGGUUGUGCGUUUGCAUGUUGGAUAUUCUCAGGCUGUGCGUUUGCAUGUUGGGCCUUUGCAUGUUGGGCCUUUGCAUGUUGUACAUUUGCAGGCUGUAUGUUUGCGUGUUGUGGGUCUGCGUGUCCUGCGUUUGUGUGUUGUGGGUUUGCAGGCUGUGUGUUUGCAUGUUGUGUACGUGCAGGCUAUGUUUGCGUGUUGUGGGUGUGCAUAUCGUGCAUUUGUGUGUUGUGUGUUUGCAGGCUCUAUGUUUGCAUGUUGUGCAUGUGCAGACUAAGUUUGCGUGUUGUGGGUGUGCGUGUUGUGCAUUUGUGUGUUGUGGGUGUAUGUUUGCAUGUUGUGCAUGUGCAGACAUUAUGCAUGUUGGGGUGUGUGUUGUGUGUUUGCGUGUUGUGCAUGUGCAGACUAAGUUUGCGUGUCGUGUAUUUGCGUGUUGUGUGUUUGCAGGCUGUAUGUUUGCGUGUUGUGUAUGUGCAGACUGUUCGCAUGUUGUGGAUGUGCAUGUUGUGGAUUUGCAGGCUCUGUUUGCGUGUUGUGCAUGUGCAGACUGUUGUGGGUGUGCAUGUUGUGCAUUUGCGUGUUGUGGGUUUGCAGGCUAUGUUUGCGUGUUGUGGGUGUGCGUGUCAUGUGUUUGCAGGCUGUAUGUUUGCGUGUUGUGCAUGUGCAGACUGUAAGUUUGCGUGUUGUGUGUGUGUUGUGCAUUUGCGUGUUGUGGGUUUGCGGGCUGUAUGUUUGUGUGUUGUGCAUGUGCAGGCUAUGUUUGCGUGUUGUGGGUGUGCAUGUCGUGUGUUUGCAGGCUGUAUGUUUAUGUGUUGUGCAUGUGCAGACUGUUUGCGUGUUGUGGGUGUGCAUGUUGUGGAUUUGCAGGCUCCGUGUUUGCGUGUUGUGCACGUGCAGACUGUAAGUUUGCGUGUUGUGGGUGUGCGUGUCGUGCAUUUGCGUGUUGUGGGUGUAUGUUUGCAUGUUGUGCAUGUGCAGGCUACGUUUGCGUGUUGUGGGUGUGCGUGUUGU